ACAUUACUAUGAAUGUUCGUACUAUAAUAAUUGUAAACAAACAAAAACAUAAAAUCAUAUAAAUAUUUUAAAAACUUUAUAAAAUGGUUUGUGAAAAAUGUGAAGCAAAACUGGCUAAAAUUGCCACUCCAGAUCCCUGGAAAACAGGACCCGCUCGCAAAAUCAAUGAAAACAAAGCAUUGUCUUCUGCCAAGGAUAGAUUUAAUCCCAUUGGAAAAACACUUCCACCAUGCCGAAUUUGCCGUCAAAAAGUUCACCAAGCUGGAUCGCACUAUUGUCAAGCAUGUGCCUACAAAAAAGCUAUAUGUGCCAUGUGUGGUAAAAAGCUAAUGAGUACCAAAAAUUAUAAACAAAGUUCAACGUAAAAUACAAAAAAGUUGUUGUAUUCAAUAUCAAAACUAUUUUUUAUAUACUUUUAACAGUACAGUAAUUAUGCUCUUAAAUCUUAGUAAAAAUUAGCAAUAACAAUUAUUAAUAGUAAUGUGUAAUGUUUAACAAAAUAUAAAUACUAUGACUCUCA